CUCACUACGCAUGCACCCUGCACUCCUCAGCCUGCACAGGAUUCCAUGCAAGGCUGCAAGAAAACAAUGCAUCAAUGCAUCCUAUCUACCAAUGCAUGCUGCACCAAUGCAUGCUACCCAUAGACAGCCCCCCAGCCAAUAACUGCCCCUAGACAGACCCCAGCCAAUAACUGCCCCUACUCAGCUCCCCCAGCCAAUAACUGCCCCAUGACAAACCCCAGCCAAUAACUGCCCCUAGACACCCCCAGCCAAUAACUGCCCCUACUUAGUUCCCCCAGCCAAUAACUGCCCAAUGACAGACCCCAGCCAAGAAGUGCCCAUAAAUGCUCUUCAGCACCACUAUCCCUGGACAGCUCCAAAGCACCACUGCACCUAUAGAAUCAAUAGACAGCUGCCCAACUAGUAACUACCCCUAGGCAGGUCGCCAGCCAUUAAUUGCCAUAGAUAACCCCCAGCCAUUAAUUACCCUAGAUAACCCCUUGCCAAUAACUGCCCUAGAUAAUUCCUCUGCACCUAAACAGCUCUGACAUCACCUGGGCAGCUAUGGCAUCAGCCAAUCAGCGUUGACAUCACUUGGACACCUCUGACAUCACCUGGACAUCUCUGAGAUCACCUGGACACCUCUGACAUCACCUGGACAUCUCUGAGAUCACCUGGACACCUCUGACAUCACCUGGACACCUCUGAGAUGAUCUGGACAUCUCUGAUAUCACCUGCACAUCUCUGAGAUCACCAGAACAGCUAUGACUUCAGCCAAUUUUAUUUGAUGUCACCUGGACAGCUGUGAUAUCACCCAGACAGCACUCUCAGUAUCAUUGUACCUGGGUGUCUGCAUGAGGCAGGUAAUCAGCACCUUGUGAUUCCUGCCAGAUCCUGGGCAGCAUCAUGGACAGACGCCAUUUCCUGGUAAAUGCAGAGAGCUGUGCAGAAGGAGCCAUGAACAGAGAGGAACCAAGAAUGCUCAAGGAUGGUGAUUACUGUCCGAAUACUGAGAAUGUGUAUCAGGAUCAUGGCCAGCAAAGCUCAGUCGGAGCUGAACAAGAGGUCCAUCACUGCUUGCUCCAUGAGUCGCCUAGCUUAGUCAGAAAUCAACUGCCUACAUCGAGCUACUGCAACCCAACAGCCGUGAUCCGCUCUAAUGGACAACUGCCACCUUGCUCAGGCAAUGCCCCCCAGCACCCCACGUGCUGCCACGGCAACCAGCAGGAGUGUAAACUCAAUUACGUCGCACCCCAACUGCCAGGCCAUGAAGACAGGGGGACAUUGUGUUCCCAUUUGUCCAGCGUGAAUCCUUCUUCCGAGACCUCACAUCAGACCACAGAUUGUCUCUGGAAGCAGUGGGCAAAUGACCAGAGGACAUUACAGCCAACGCAGCACCACGUUGUGACAGUGAGGCACGAUAAAGCUUUUAGGAUUCCUAAAAGCUACUCUCAUCUGAUAACUAACUGGCCUCUCCCGAUACUGGCCAUCUGGCUGAUUCUAAUGCUCAUCUGUACUCUGGCCAGCUUACUGGCUGGACAAAUGCCAGACUUCUCGGAUCCUUUAAUGGGCUUUGAACCCAGAGACACAGAUAUUGGGAGGAAGUUAACCACCUGGAAAACCAUUCAGAGUAACACUGGCAACAAGAAAAUGCUGUCUGUCUAUCCUCAUGGUGAGAGCAACAGUCUGGAUGACUUGGAUCUCAGCAGAAGAAAUGAGAAGUUGUUUCAAGGCAGAGGUGGAUCACGGUUACGGAGGAUGGUGGAACAGAAGGACGGAGUGGAUGGAUUUUUUUGUGGUCCUCCAGGAAAGAGUUAUUCACAGCUGGUUUUCAUGUCCAAAACAGCGGGGAGUUUAUGGAACCUUCAUGCGAUCCAAUCCAUGUGCCAGAUGGAAAAUGAAAAGAUCCGUUCUCACCCACAUUUCACGGAGCUGUGUGAACACAGAGAGAAGAACGAAUGUUGUCCCAGCUGGUCUCUUGGCAACUACAUAGCCGUCCUGUCCAACCGGUCCUCCUGCAUGGAAAUUACCCAAAACGAUAUUACACACACUCUGGCACUCCUUCGCUCCUGUGCCCCCGAUUAUCACAGAGGUACUCUCACCCCUUCCUGCAUCGGCCCACGGGCAGAGACGGAAAAACAUUCGCAAUGUGCCAAAGUUCCGGAGAAAUGUAUCCGAUCCAGCGCGGUUUAUCACCUUCUUCAUUUCCUGGUUGACAGAGACUUUCUGAGCCCUCAAACCACAGACUAUCAAGUUCCAUCUUUGAAGUACAGCUUAUUGUUUCUACCGGCCAAAAAAGGGCCAUCAAUGAUGGAUAUUUACUUAGACAACUUGGAGUCUUGGGAUCUCCACGAUAAUAACUACACUGCUAUCACUGGAAUGGAUCUGGGCCUAAAGCAGACUCUUUUCCAACAUUAUCUGGUUUUGGAUACUGUGUAUCCUGUUCUGGCAAUAUUGUCUAUUUUUCUAAGUAUGUCUUUCUACCUGCGCUCCUUUUUUAUUACCUUCAUGGUCCUGAUGUCUGUUGUAGGAUCUUUAAUGAUUUCGUUUUUUUUGUACAAGCUCGUAUUUCGAUUGACUUUCUUCCCUAUAAUCAACCUAAUGGCAAUUAUUAUCCUCACCAGUAUCUGUGCCAAUCACACGUUUGUUUUCUUUGACUUGUGGAACCUCAAUAAAGCCCAGAAUUUAGCAGCUGGGAUGCUUCAGUGGGUCAAACAAACUAUGCACCAUUUUGGGUAUCUCAUGCUGGUCUCCUGCUUCACCACUGCGGCCGCAUUCUAUGCCAGCUACAUGAGCAGUAUCACCUCUGUCCGCUGCUUCGCAAUUUACAUGGGUACAUCUGUUUUAGUCAACAUGACUUUUAUGGUAACAUGGGUCCCUGCGUCUAUGGUUCUUUAUGAGCGCUACAUAGCGGUCAACUGUGCUUACAAAUCAGAGGAUUACUACAACUGCAGUGGACACAAAAGGUUCUUUCUUAACUUGUACCAAAGGUUCAGGAGUGUUCAGAGCACUAUGUCAGAAACCUCGAAGCUGCUCUUUGAGAAGCUCCUUCCUUGCGGAGUAAUCAAAUUCAGGUAUAUCUGGAUUUGCUGGUUUGCGGCCCUGGCAACUGGGGGUGCAUACAUUGCUUGUGUGAGCCCCAAACUAAAGAUGCCUUCUUCAGAUGUGUCAUCUGUCCAGGUGUUUCGCCUGAGCCACCCGUUUGAGAGGUACGAUUCUGAAUACUGCCACCAGUUCAUGUUCGAACGUCUGGAACACGGAGAAGGGAGGCAUAUGCCAAUGACAUUGAUUUGGGGAAUUCUGCCAGUGGACAAUGGGGAUCAUCUCAAUCCAAAGACCAAUGGAACUUUAGUCACAGAUGCCACCUUCACCAUACGAAAUGCUGAGGAACAAAAGUGGCUCCUGCAACUCUGUCAGAAGGUGAAAAACCAAAGUUUCUUCUAUUCUGAACAAGAUAAAAAAACAAACAUCUGUUUCAUGGAAGAUUUCCAUCGUUGGAUGGAAAGUCGACAAUGCUCGCAGAGCGACCAAAACCGCAACCUUUGCUGUAACCAGUUUGUGUUUCCUUAUCAGAGUGACUUGCUCCUCCACUGUAUAAAAAUGAUGGUUCGAGAACAAGGAGGGGACGGCCCUGAUGCAUAUGACAUUGGCCCCCGAUUUAAUGCGGAGGGUAAGCUAUCUGCCCUGGUUCUGGAAUUUCAGACGGUUUAUCAUUACAGCUUCAACUACAGUAAAACUAGGCAGUUCUAUAACACUUUAAACCAGUGGCUGACGAAUGAAAUCAAAACCGCCCCACCAGGCCUUCAAAAUGGGUGGUUCACUAGUAACCUGUCCCUCUUUAACCUCCAAGACAGUUUGAGCACCGAGAUCAUGGUGGUAACUGGGUUUUCCGUGGCCAUAUCGUUUGUUGUUCUACUGCUUACCACGUGGAAUGUUAUACUCAGUUUAUUUGCUGUAACAGCAAUUGGUGGCUCUGUGUUGGUCACAAUUGGUCUGUUGGUACUUUUGGAAUGGCAGCUGAAUGUGGUGGAAUCUCUGUUCAUCUCUGCAUCAGUUGGUCUCUCUAUUGACUUUACAGUAAAUUACUGCAUUUCAUACCACCUGUGCCCGCAUUCUGAUCGCCUCAGCCGGGUGGCUUUCUCCUUAAAGCAAGUGAGCUGCGCCACGGCUAUGGGAGCCUCUGCUAUGUUUUCUGCCGGAGUCUUAAUGCUGCCGGCUACAGUCCUUGCAUACAGAAAGCUGGGCAUAUUUAUUAUGAUGAUCAAAUGUAUCAGUUGUGGAUUUGCCAGCUUUUUUUUCCAGUCACUCUGUUGUUUCUUCGGACCAGAGAAGAACUGCGGACAAAUACUGUGGCCUUGUAUCAACGUGAUCAAAGAAUACCCUAGUGAUACUCGGUCAAACAGAACGUUCGCUUGUGGUGGGAAUGAGAAACCAAACAGGUUGAGAAAAGUACAAGAAUCUAACAAAGAAAAUGAACAAUAUGAGCUUCAGCCUCUAGCUAGGAACCUCAGUGACAGCUUUGACAAUAGCACUUCCACUAGUAAACUUUCCAAACGUCCAUCUAUUCUAUCGGAAGACAUGCAACUCUCCGACAAUAAGUGCCCCAGAACAGGACUCGAUCAUAUCCAGAAAUCAGAAGCUCAGGACAUGCAUGGCGAUAGUUUGGGCCACCGGGCAGUUUUUAAUCAGUGCCCUGCUUUACAAACGUCUUCUCCCUACAGACACUUUGUAAGCGAGACUCAUGAAGAGCAGGAGGAACUAGGUAAAUGUUGCAGCUGCAAAAAAUCAAACAACAAGACCUGGAAUGGUUCGGUGGUGGACCAUGUCCACGUACACAACCCACAGUGUCAGGCUCAGCCAAAUAACCUGCAGGUCUCUAAAACCAGCAGCCAAGCUCAGAAACACUAUUCUGACCAUAAAAACAUUCAAACAUUUGAAUAUUCUAGGUGCCUUUGUUCUAUGGGGAGCUCCAUUGAUGCCCUUGAUUCCAAUGAGACCUGUCUUAGUGAUUUUGAGCCGAAGUUAGCAGAAUCAGCCAGGUGCUCCCCUGACUUCCUUAAUGUUCCAGAUUCUCCGUGUCAUGGUGAGAGGGGUCAUUUAAACGGGAGGAGAGACACAUUAAGACUGGCUCUGAGAGAAACCGUGUUUGACCCCUAUUCAUCUUCAAGACAAGCUGGAAUAUCCUGGAGACAUCCAUCCAGCGAAGACAUCCAUAACCCAGUAGUUCUCCCAAACAGUAAACCCGAUAUGCCCGAUGUCUGGAUAAAGAGAUCCAGUGACCAGAAUUCUGGUUACAUCAGCUGAAAAUGAAGAUGAUGGUGUGGAUAACACAUAUAAAAAUAAACAUAAAACAAGCUCACCAAGUGGGAUGAAUAAGGGAAUUCCAGGUGGAAUAAUUCGAGAAGGAUUCAUCUUCAUGAAGGUCUUAUUGUGUUUCUGAGAUUCAUUUUCAAGUUUGUGUUCAUAUUUUAGAGCCAUAUUCAACCUGUGCUGUGUUUAAAUCCUGCUUUAUUAGAGUAUAGCAGGCCUGAGGUUCCCGAGUAAAGUGUGUGUUUGUAUGAAAUGAAUAAUGUUAAAUUCUCUCCUAAAAGAAUCUAUGUGCAAACCUUCAGCCACGGCAAAGUCACAGAAUGACACAUUACAGAAUAUAGUAUUGCUGCUCUAUUAACACUGCAUGAAAUGCAAAAAAUGCAAUGCAAGACCUCAAAUGGGCAAUACUGCGAUCUUAAGAGAGUGCCAAAUGUAUCGCAGUUUAUACCUAGAACCCAGUCCCACCAGCCACAUCUACAUGUUUCAUUUCCAGAAACAGCAGACACCAGUUAUACAGGGUUCACAUAUUCUAUAGCCAGCUACAAAAUAUAUACUGUCACCAGCAUUGCUCUAGAAUUUACUGCAUACGUUUUAUAUUGGUGGAUCGCAAAACGCUAAGUUAAGCGUCGAAAUGUUCUGCUAUUACUAAGCGUUUUGUAAACAGCGAACCAGGGCCCUUGUUCUAGUGUAGCAUAUUUGCAGUAAUGUGUGAGCUACAUGAAGCCUUCUGGGACAUUCCUAUUGUAUAUUCUCCUGUAAACCACUGCAGGGUCCUUUAAAACGGUCGAGAUCCAGAUUAAUAAAUCCAACACAGAGUCAAGGAUAAAAUGAUAACAACCCAAUAUUAACAAAUGUUUUUAAAGCCCCAACUGCAAUGGCAUUCCUGUACAAAUGUGAAGGGCAAAAGAAACUUCAAAAAAUAGUUAGACUCCCCUGAUAAAUUAGAUGGUUGAACAUUGUGAUUAUGUUGUCCCAGACAGCUUGUCUUUUCUUUAGAUAUUGGUAAACCGACUGUCUGUUUUUGGCCAAUGAUAAACACGACUGGGGAGGAAGAUGAGUGAAGACACCAGAGUGGACAGAAUUGGGGAAAAGGGUUAUUGAUGAGAAUAAAUCAAUAACUCAUUCAUCCACUAUCCAUCAGGAAUCAACAAAAUGUAUACAGAAAGUUGUCAUGGUGACUCCGACAAUGUAUAUGUGCAGUAAAACAUGUCAAACGUUGAUUCUACCCUCAUGUUAUUUAAAUAACCGUCCAAUGAAAUCAGUACAACAGUUUACUGUAUAGUUCUGUCGCUGUGAAAUUA